GUGAUUGUUUGAAGAGCUAAGUCGGUCAUUUUAGCAGAGCAAGGAAGAAGAAAAGGAGCCAUGGCGUCUGUUUCUUACACAGAAGAUCUGACUUGUUCUAUCUGUUUGGCAAUCUUCACUGAUCCUGUAAUGCUCCUGUGUGGCCACUCUUUCUGCAGAGAAUGUAUUACAGAUGCUCUGAGCACACAGCCCCAGUGUCCACACUGUCGGUUAGCUGUCCCAAAAGAAGGGAAUUAUCUACCAACCAAUCACAUUUUGAAAAAUCUUGCUGAAAAAGAGGCCGCGAAGCUGAGGAGUGAGCCUGGAAAUAACAAAGAAGUGGUUGAGUUGUGCCUUGAACACGAGGAAAAGCUGAAGCUGUUCUGUGUCACAGAUCAGCAGUUAGCUUGUAUCAUAUGCCGAGAUGGGGAGAAGCACGAAGGACACAAGUUUAAACCCAUCAAAGAAGCAGCUGCGAGUCUGAGGAAGGAGUUGGAGGCAGGUAUGGAGAGCCUUUGUGGUGAUACACUUGCUGUAGAGAGUCAAGCCAACGUACAGAGGGAAGAAAUAAAGAAAACCAAAGAGAAGUCAAAGCAGCUGAAGACCCAGAUCUGCAGACAGUUUGAGGAAAUGCACCAGUUUCUGAGAGAGAGAGAAGAUGAGAUCAAGAAAGACCUGAAGCACAAAGAGGAGGACGCUGUCAACAAAAUGACAGAGACAUUAAAUGCUAUGGAAACUGCUUUGUCUGAGAGGAGAGAGCUGGAGGGAAAGUUGACAUCAGUUCUGGACAUGAACGACUCUGAGAUGUUUUUAAAGUGCUGGACUGAGAAUAACAGCGAGAUGACUCCUGAACAGUUAUUCAGAUCCAGAGCAGAUGAGCUCCAAGUGGUGUGUGCUUCUUUCUCUCUGGGGCCUUAUGAAAGUCACCUACAGUUCUUUAUCUGGAAGGAGAUGCUUCAGGUGAUCCAGCCCCGAGCAGAACAGCUGUCACUCAAAAGUGACAGCGGAAACAUAACAGUGUCUGAAGAUGGGAGGAAUUUGAUGUAUAGUCCCAAAAUCAUCCAAUCUCCGCAAUACAGCCUACAGUAUCGACAGGCAGGCUUUCGGCAGACAUGGGAGACAUGCCAUGUGCCAAGUUACAUUGAAGAAGUCUCAGAACGGUGUGCUGUUGCAUUCAGCACCAAUGAGUUCUCCUCAGGGCAGCAUUACUGGGAAAUAGAUGCUGGAAAAAGGAACUAUUGGAAAGUAGGGGUGAAAAAUUAUCACCUGAGCUAUAAUCAAAAAAAAUAUGAAACAUCUAGUAAAAAAAAGCUAACAUUCACAGGCAGACCUCAAAAGAUUGGGAUUUACCUUGACUGCCAAUCAAAGGAGCUGUCUUUCUAUGAUGCAGACAACAUGAUACAUAUUCACACUGAAUGCCAUAUUUCACUGCCAACGACAGCACAUUUUGAAUACAAAUUUAGUAAGGCAGCAGAUCAUUAUCCCCUAAGAGUGUGCUGGAAAAAAAAAAAUGCCAAGUCACUCAGGCUGAAAAACAGGAAAACAUCAGACAUGGCGUCUGCUUUGUACUCCGAAGAUUUGACUUGUUCUGUUUGUCUGACCAUCUUCACUGAUCCUGUGACUCUUCUCUGUGGACACUCUUUCUGCAGACAAUGCAUCACAGAUGUUCUGAGCACACAGAAGCAGUGUCCACAGUGUCAGACACAUGUUCCAAGAGAGGGGACAUGUCUUCCAACCAGCCACAUCUUGAAAAGCCUCGCUGAAAAGGCUAAAGAAGCAGAGCAGAAGAAGACAGAGCACGGACGGGAGAAAGCAGAGGUGGUUGAGUUGUGCCUUGAACACGAGGAAAAGCUGAAGCUGUUCUGCGUCACAGAUCAGCAGUUAGCUUGUAUCAUAUGUAGAGAUGGGGAGAAGCACGAAGGACACAAGUUUAAACCCAUCAAAGAAGCAGCUGCGAGUCUGAAGAAGGAGUUGGAGGCAGGUAUGGAGAGCCUUUGUGGUGAUACACUUGCUCUAGAGAGUCAAGCCAACGCACAGAGGGAAGAAAUAAAGAAAACCAAAGAGAAGUCAAAGCAGCUGAUGGCCCAGAUCUGCAGACAGUUUGAGGAAAUGCAUCAGUUUCUGAGAAAGAGAGAAGAUGAAAUCAAGAAAGACCUGAAGCACAAAGAGGAGGACGCUGUCAACAAAAUGACAGAGACAUUAAAUGCUAUGGAAACUGCUUUGUCUGAGAGGAGAGAGCUGGAGGGAAAGUUGACAUCAGUUCUGGACAUGAACGACUCUGAGAUGUUUUUAAAGUGCUGGACUGAGAAUAACAGCGAGAUGAGUCCUGAACAGUUAUUCAGAUCCAGAGCAGAUGAGCUCCAAGUGGUGAAUACUUCUCUCUCUCUGGGGCCUUAUGAAAGUCACCUACAGUUCUUUAUCUGGAAGGAGAUGCUUCAGGUGAUCCAGCCCCGAGAAGAACAGCUGUCACUCAGAAGAAACAACACAGGUAUAACGGUGUCUGAUGAUGGACGAAGUUUGUUUUGUACUCCCAACAGCAGAAACUCUCAGGCCACUGCUUCUCUUUUUGGGUCCUCUGGAAGCUUUGGUCAAAAAAAUACCUUUACUUUUGGCACAGGACUGUACACUACCUACACAAACCCUGCAUUCAGUGUCAGUGAGUUCUCUUCAGGGCAGCAUUACUGGGAGAUAGAUGUUGGUCACAGAGAUUAUUGGGAACUAGGGAUAAAUGAUUAUUUCCUGAAAUAUGAUGGCCAGAAAUAUUCUACCUGUAUUCCAGAUAUAACCACAGAGCUAUCAUAUGAAAACAGACCUCGGAAGAUUGGGAUUUACCUGAACUGCUCAUCCAAGAGGAUCUCCUUCUAUGAUGCAGACAACAUGGCACGUAUUCGCACUAUGUGCUGUGAGCUGAUGUCCAUUCCACUGUCAGCAUAUUUUAACAUUAGAUACAGAGAACCAGACCCUAAUCCUAUGACAAUGUGCUGGUACUGAAAUGUGAAAUGACGGGCCACCAGGAAAUCCUCUGACUGAUAAAUAAAAGACAUGUCAAGACAUGACAAGUCAUGAUAAACAUCCCAUGUGUCAGGUUUAAGUGCUGCAUUUGGUAAUACUUUAUUUUAUAAGCCGCAUAUUUUCCAUCCUAUUUUCUGGAAACUUUCCUCGUAAGUUCCUAAAAAAAACUGGUGCAAAUUAUAAGAAUAACAGAGAAAGAGUUACUAAAUACCUGCUCGUAGUGUUAAAGUUUUUAAGAAAAAAAACUAGGGAAGAAAACAAAACUAGGGAAUGUCAAUAUCCAUCAGAGUUUGUGAGAAAAAACCCCACAAAAACUCUUUCUCUUCAUGACUUUGAGCUGCCUUAGAUCUGCUUGGUAAUCUGUAAAUAUUCAUUUAAUUGACAGUCAUACUGCAUAUUGGUUGAAGUACAUGUUUAACUACAGUUCUCAGCUGAAUUGGACAUUUUUUAGUUUAAAUUCAACAACUCAGCAGUUAUACAGACACAUUUCUACCUAAAGUUACCGUAUAUUUUCAGAAUUUUAAGGAGCAAAAAAUAUCCAAAAAUCUGACAAAUUAAAAACAAGAAGAAGCGAUAAUUACCAAAACAAAAACAGCAUGGAGGAAUGUGAGGGAGCAGAAAAACUAAGCUCAGAAAAUCAACUUGGAACCAAAAUCCCCUAGAAAAGGGAACUAAAAGAUUAGGCAAAUUACAACAAUUUAUUUAAAGACUGACAAUGACAUUUUAAAGACAAUGUUCGUACAAGGAAACAGGGGGAUUCUGGUCUUUGUGUGACUGAUAUUUGCGUUGUAUUUAACUAAUCAAAUACAGCGU